AUGCUGGUGCCUGCACCUGGCUCUCCAGCGCUAUGGUCGGUGCCUGCUCCAGUCCCAGGUUCAGGCUGUCAGCAACGGCGCCAAUCUGGGCGCCGAGGUGGUCAAAGCACCAGCAGUUUGUUGGCUUCAGCCACUGUGCUGGCACCCUCCGCCGUAUGCCGACGAGUGAGACGAAUCUUGAGGCAUGGCGCGCCCCGCAUAGUGCCUUUGCUUCCUGAUGAGGCUGGAUCUGUCAUGAUGCUGCCUUCAAUUACAACCGUGACGUUUUACGAAGGCGAGCCUCCCACUUCCCUGCUCCGAGACAUGACAGAGACCCUUCUGGCUGCAAACCCAUGGCUGGGUGGACAACUGCGGCGAGACAGGGCCUCUGGCAGCACUGUGCUUUGGGUGCCGGCGGAUGCACCACAUUCUACAUCGCACUUCACCGAGACCUCCAGGCGACUGCUGACCAAGCGGAUGCCCUUGCAGAGAAUGCGCCGACUGCUGGAAGAUGUCACUGUGCCGCCGGGUGUGGACUGCCUUGACAAUUCAACCCCUCUGUUUCGUGUGUCGGUCGUGACUAUCGCCCCAGGCAGAUUCGCAGUGGUGAUUUCCCUCAGCCAUGUGCUGGGUGACGGCUUUACUUACUAUCGGAUCUAUGGCGCUCUGGACGAGCGUGAGAAGGAGAUAGGCGGGACCGUAUACCCAGCCGGUGAAGGACCAGCUCGAGUGAGACUCAACCCGAUGCGAAAGCUCGAGUUUCCAGCGGCUAUGGCUCAGACCCUCGGGAUGGAAAAGGUGGCAUGGCUCAACUCGCGGCGUGCGCGGUGGGGCUCCAUGCUGGAUCGCAAUUUGCGAAGCAGGCAUCGCUGGAGUGCGUGGGAGGUGGACACAGCCUGGGUGGAGGAGGAGAAGCGCCGCCAAAGCUCCGCGGAAAGCUUCGUGUCGACAAACGAUGUCUUGACGUCGGCUUUCUUGACAAGUGGAAAGUUCGCCUAUGGCGUCAUGUCCGUAAACUUCAGGGGCCGACUCUGUGGACUGGACAAGAUCCAUGCAGGCAACUACAAAGGUGGCGUCCAGUUCUGGCCU